CCAUAUAAUCAGCCUGAGUCUAGACUGCUACAUGAGACCUGUCUCAGAAAACCAAAAGAAAAGUUUCUACAGAAAGUGUGCUGUUCUCUAGAAGACACUUCCUUGGAUGACUCAAGUGACUGAAAAUCUACAGCAUUUAUAAAGGCUUGUAAAAGUCUUUCCUCUCCAACACAGAAAGUUUGCAUCCUGUAGACCUGGAGGCAGCAGACGAUACGCACAUUUUCUGUUAAAGCUCAGGCAUACUGUGUCACCUCUGCUCUGGAGCUGUUCCAGUAUGCAGAGGGGGUAGGCUAAGUACCCAUGCAGAGAACCUGAGCAGCGCCAGCCAGCCCACUCACAACUCAAGUUCCUUAGGCUAGCAAGAUGGCUUGCCCAGUGACAAGACUGAAAGCUGAGCUUCGUGCCUGGAGCCCAUGUGGUGGGAGGGAACUGAUUUUCAGAAACUUCUCUCACUGAGCACCCACAGACACACACACAAAUAAGUGUAAUAAAGGAACCCAAAAUGGGGCCUGGAGUGAUAAUGGCUCAGCAGUUAAGAGCACUGGCUGCUCUUCCUAAGGACCAGCACCCACAUGGCGGCUCACAACCAUUUGUUAUGAGAUCUGGUGCCCUCUUCUGGCCUGCAGGCAUAUGUACAAGCAGAACACUAUACAUAAUAAAUCUCUAAGGAAAAAAAAAAACCACAAGUCUUAGAGCAGUCGGAGGAGAUGGCAUUCUUCACACACUGCAGUCUAGGUCUUUCCUCACGCGUCUUGCUCUUUGAGGCAGCUUUUAAACUGGGUGUGCAUCCGAAGAGGUGGUCUUCACGGCCACAGAAGUGUUGGGCUGGUCUUGAAUGCUCGUGCUCUCUCAGUCCUCUAGCUUGAGUAGCAAAGAUGGCAGACACAUACCACUACACCUGGCCCCCAAAGCAGCUUGCCUUUCAAUGACAACGCUAAACCUGUUGUUGAUCUUAGUUUAAUCCCUGAAACUCAUAGGAGAGAGCCAACUCCUAAAGGUUGUCCUCUGACCAGCACACACACACACACACACUGGUGUGUAUGUGUCCACACAAUAAAUAAAGUAAUUGAAAACUAUCCAGAGCUGAGAAGGCAGCCCUGGGUUAUUCCCAUCACCAAAUUCAACUGGGUUUGGUGGCAUUUGCCUCUAAUCUCAGCGCUUAAGAGGUGGAAGCAGAGGAGAAGGCUCACAGGUCAAGGUCUUCGCCUCAGAGCAGUUUGAAGGCAGCCUGGGCUGCAUGAGAGCCUGUCUCUAACAACACAAAACCAUACCAAAAAAAAAAAAAAACCAAAACAACAACAACAACAAAAAACGAACUUGUUUUAUCUUGUCUGUCCUUUGGCUCCUUUGCCUACUGUAUUUUUAUUGUGCUCAACUUCUGACCAAGGGUCAGUGGUUAGGAGUGCAGGCUGUUCUUCCAGACUGUCUGGGCUCAAUUCUCUAAGCACCCACACAAAGCUCACAAUCACUUGUAACUCCAGUCCUAAGAGAACAAACACCUUUUCCUGGCCUCCAUGGGCACCAGGCACACAAGUGUUGCAGAAACAUACAUGAGGCAAAACAUGCAUAAAAUAAAUUAAAACAACACUAACAAAAAGUACCUUACAGGGGGGAGUUACUUGGCUCACAGUCCAGGGAGCAGCCAGCCCACCACUGAGGAAGUAAGGCAGGAGCCACGGAGGGACAGAACUGGCUCGUUACCUAGUUUAUGUAGCUGCCUUCCAUAACUGGAGCACCUGUACAGGGAAUGGUUGCCCCAAGUGAGCUGGGCCCCUCCUGCUGUAAUUAUCAAGACAAUCCCCCACAGUCAUGUCCACAGGCAAGCUGAUCUAGGUGAUUUCUUGACUGAGGUUUUCCUCUGAGAUGACUCUAGGCUAUGUAAAUUUGAAAACUAAAUAGGAUAAGCCCUUCUCUGUCAUUUUACCCCUACGGUGAACCUAUAUUCCAGGGUUCCAAAUCUAAAGAAAAAAUUGUUAGUAUUUUCAAAGACCCACAGAAUAUCAUUCGAGACAUUACCAUACAGUCUUGUUAUUAACAAAUAUAAAUAAUACUAUUAAUAGUUACAGUAUGGGAUGGAAAGAUAGCUCAGAGGUUAAGCGCACAGGCCAUUCUUCCAGAGUCCUGAGUUCAAUUCCCAGCAACCACAUAGUGGCUCACAACCAUCUGCAAUGAGAUCUGGUGCCCUCUUCUGGCAUAAAAGCACAGUGCAGGCCCAAUACUAUAUAUAUAUAUAUACAUAUAUACAUAUAUAUAUUUAAUAAUUUUUUUACAAAAUAAGAGUUACAAUACAGUACACAUAAAGUAAAAAUAAAUAAAUUAUUUGCCAGGACAGGCUCUAAAGCUACAGAGAAACCCUGUCUCAAAAAAUCAAAAAAAAAAAAACAAUAAUUAUAACAAGUUUAAUUCCAGAGGGAAGAAAAUAACUAUCAUCUUAUGCUCUCUAGAAGUGUUUCUUGUUGGUUUUGAUGUUCGGGGAUCUUUUUAUUUGGGGGUUUUGCUGUUUUAGUGUUUUUGAGACAGCCUCACUGUAGCCCAGGCUAGCCUGGAAUUCACUAAGUAGAUCAGGCUGGAAUGAACUUGAGUUGAUCCUCCUGCUUUGAAUUCCCAAGUGCUGUAAUUACAAAAACAUGACACCAUGUCUGGUUUUUAUUGUAUUUAUUUAUUUAUUUGUUAUUUGAGACAGAGUUUCUCUAUGUAGGCCUGGCUGUCCUGAAAAUCACUAUAUAGGCCAGGCUGGCCUCAAACUCGGAGAUCGGCCUGCCUCUACUUCCAGAGGGCUGGAACUAACAGAGUGCACCACCACACCCAGAUUUAAAUUUUUUUAGCUAAAUUAAAAAAAUUUUUUUACAAAGAUGUUAUAAAUGACCAACAAAAGACCUUCAAAGCUUAAAAGCAUACUGGACUGGGUGUGGUGGUGCACUUGGGAGGCUAAAGUAGGAGAACUGUCACAAUUUCAGGCUAGCCAGGGCUAGGGAUAAGAUUCUAAGAAAGAAGAGAAACAGGAAGAAAUAAAGGGGCUGGAGACAUAGCCCAGUUUCUCUGGAUCCCACCUCCAGUACUCCUUUAAACUGGGUAUGGGGGCUGGCCAAAUGGCCCAGUGAGCUAAAGGGCUUGCUGUGUGUUCCUGAAAACUUGAGUUUGAUCCCCAGAACCCAAUGGAAGGAGAGAACUGAUUCCCAAAAGUUGUCCUCUGUAUGCCCCCAUCCUCACAUCUCUCUCUCUCUCUCUCUCUCUCUCUCUCUCCCUCUCUCUCUCUCUCUCUCUCUCUCUCUCUCUCUCUCUCUCUCUCUCUCUCUCUCUCUCUCGUAAUUAAAAAAAAUUGUUUAAUGUGCAUAGUGAUACAUACUUGUUAUCCAGCACUCAACCCUCAGGAAGGAGGUAGAAGCAGGAGGACCAGAAGUUCAGGGUCUCUUUGGUUAUGUAGAAAGUUUGAGACCAGUCUGGGAUACAUGAGACCCUGCCCCCAAAAAAAGGAGGAGAAGGAGGAGAGAAAAAGAAGGGAUGCUACUGGGGGUACAGUUCGGUGGUAGUGUACUUGACUAGAAUACUGGGGUACAGUUCAGUGGUAGUGUACUUGACUAGGAGGAUACUGGGUACAGUUUGGUGGUAGUGUACUUAACUAGGAGGAUACUGGGGUACAGUUCAGUGGUAGUUACUUGACCAGGAGGAUACUGGGGUACAGUUCAGUGGUAGUGUACUUGGCUAGGAUGAUACUGGGGUACAGUUCAGUGGUAGUGUACUUGACUAGAAUACUGGGGUACAGUUUGGUGGUAGUGUACUUGACUAGGAUACCUGAGGCACUGUGUUUGAUCCCCAGUAGCAUGAAUAAGAAGAGGGGGGCUAGUGGGUUUUCCCCAACCACAGCGGGGCGCACAACCUGGGUGUCCUUGUUCACUUAUUCCUCUCACUGCGUUGUGGGCCUCCACUGCUCUGAAGCCCCAGCUUUACGGAAUAAGGAAAGAAAGUGACAAGCCACCUUGAAACAGCUACCCAGUAACAGGUACUUUAUAGGUAGGUCCUGCCCAGGGCUCAGUCUGAGAGGCCAGGUUUGUGUCAACCAUGGGACCCAGAGUAAUUUACUAGAGAAUUGACUUCAAGUUUUUUUGGGGGUGGGGGUUCUUUUGUUGGUUUGUUCAUUUGGUUGUUGUUUAGAGACAGAGUUUCUCUGUAUAACCCUGGUUGUCCUGGAACUCACUCUGUAGACCAGGCUAGCAUCGAUCUCACAGAGAUACACCUGCCUGUGCGUACUGGCAUUAAAGGCGUGCACCACCACCGCCCACCCAGCUUUAAAGUCUGAUGGAUAACAGAUUGGGUAAUUUUGUCUUAGGCUCUUUACCCAUCACCUUGGAGGACGGGGAUCACCCAGCCAUGGCCACCAUCAUUCCAUACAAGUGCCCUUCUCAAGGCACCUAGAUUUCACCCACUGAUUCUUAUCAUCAUGAAUACAAGCUGCAGCCCAUUAGAUCAUGCCCUGAGCACUGUAUUCUGCCACCAUCAAUGUGCACAGCCAUCCUGGGACAAACUGGCCUUUCGAAGAUCUUCAUCUGGGUGGGAGCAGGAGCCUAGCUAAGCUGCUAGGGCCACCAUAACUAUGACUACCCCAGUGAAUCCACUUCCAUGAGCUGCCUAUGACACCAAACUCUGUACACACCUCACUGCUCUCAGAGCCCAAGAGAAGGACCCACAUUUGGGGGAAAGAUAAAGUCUUACAAUGAUGGCUAAUCUUGGUUGUCAACUUGACUACAUCUGGAAUGAACUAAAACAGAAGCGGCUGGGCACACCUGUGAGGAAUUUGUCUUGUUUGGCUAAUUUGAGGCAAGAAGAUUCACCCCAAAUCUGAAUCUUUGGGGUUAGACGAACCACCAACCGUUUGGUGGCAGCCCAAGUUAAAGGACGUGGAAGAAGGAAGCUUUCGCCUUUCGCCGGCUUGCCGUCACUCUCCCUGGUGAGUAUAUCUAUCCUGAUGAUGCCGAGGCGUUCUUUCCCAGGUGUCAGAACUUACUUCUCGAGGACUCCCACAGGCCAAAGACCAGCCCAGCCAUCCAGCCUCAUGGCCUGAAGAACUGCCUGUCUGGUAGCCUUUCUGGAGGGAGACAGUUAUUGUUGACAUGAGGCAGACACAGCCUGGAAGCCACUCUAGUAAAACUCCCUUUUCAUUCAGAUGGAUUCCAUCUGCUCUGCUCCUCUAGAGAACCCUGCUUAACACUGGCGUCUGAGGUUCCCUGUGGAGGGAAAAAGAUAGAGCUGAGAUGAAGGUAGAUGGGCUUCAGCUGGCCAAAAUAAGACAAGCAGACCCUAGCUGAGUGUGGACCAGGACAGCCCUGAGCAGCAGGCCUUGUCCUGAGACAUGAACUGGAAUGUGGCUGGAACUGAGAACUCAAAGCUAACAGGAAAGGACAGAGGCUGUGUCAGGACACACUUCCACACACCCAAGGCCAGGACCAUGCUGUCAGCCCUCCAACUGGCCCAUCACUGCCCCCCUUCCCUGCCUGCCAGCUGCCAGCAGGGCUCUGCCCUGUGUCUUCCACACCUGUCACUGCCUAUCCUUGUCCGAGGGGGACGAGUAUUAGCCCCUCCUCAGCCUCCCAGCGGAGCAGGCAGUUAGUGGGGAGGGGAGGGAACAUGGACCGGGGACCGAUGGUGGGGGCAGGGCCGGGGGCCGGGACCCGAGUCCGAGCACUGCUCGGGUGCCUGGUCAAGGCGCUGCUCUGGGUGGCCUCUGCCUUACUGUAUUUUGGAAGUGAACAAGCCGCGCGCCUCCUAGGCAGCCCCUGCUUACGGCGCCUCUACCACGCUUGGUUGGCAGCAGUGGUCAUCUUUGGGCCCCUUCUGCAGUUUCAUGUCAACUCCCGGACGAUCUUCGCUAGCCACGGCAACUUCUUCAACAUAAAGUUUGUGAAUUCAGCAUGGGGCUGGACAUGUACCUUCUUGGGGGGCUUUGUGUUGCUGGUGGUGUUCCUGGCCACACGACGCGUGGCAGUGACUGCCAGGCACCUGAGCCGACUGGUGGUGGGGGCAGCUGUCUGGCGGGGGGCCGGCCGGGCCUUUCUACUCAUCGAGGACCUGACCGGUUCCUGCUUCGAGCCUCUGCCCCAGGGCCUACUGCUGCAUGAGUUGCCUGACCGCAGGAGCUGCCUGGCAGCCGGCCACCAGUGGCGAGGCUACACAGUCUCCUCCCACACCUUCCUGCUCACCUUCUGCUGCCUCCUCAUGGCUGAGGAAGCCGCUGUAUUUGCCAAGUACCUGGCCCACGGGCUCCCGGCGGGGGCCCCCCUGCGCCUUGUUUUCCUGCUCAAUGUGCUUUUGCUGGGCCUCUGGAACUUCCUGCUGCUCUGCACUGUCAUCUACUUCCAUCAAUACACCCACAAGGUGGUGGGUGCAGCAGUAGGCACGUUUGCCUGGUACCUUACCUAUGGUAGCUGGUACCACCAGCCCUGGUCUCCUGGGAUCCCAGGCCAUGGGCUCUUCCCCCGACCCCGCUCAAUCCGCAAACAUAACUGAAAGAAAUAAAAGCAUACCAGGCCUGGCUCUGGCUCUUCCUGUUCUUGCCAGGCCUAAGAGGGUGGGAGGGGUAAGAGAAUGGUCUGAUAGACGCUUGAGUCCCCUCCUCGUUCCCUGACCGUCGUUGACCUUGAAUGUGUUUUCUUGAACUCGACUUUCAGCUUUCUGGAGCUGUGAUGUCAAGGGAUGGUUCUACGGAGGCCGGCCGGUAAUUGCCCUUAGGUGUGUUUAUAAGCUUUCCACUGGCAGAUGCAGGUCUCCAACCUGGUUACUUCGUUUUUUUCCUGCCUCCGUCACAGACUCCUGAUUUCCUUAG